AUGGAGGGCUGCCUGUGGAUUAUUCUCUUUGCCUCUGUGGCCCUGACCAACCAGCGAGGUGUGAGGUUGGUUGGUGAUCAUCGCUGUUCUGGAUACGUUGAGAUGAAUUUUGUGGACACAGAAGGAGGUGAAGAGUGGAAAGGAUUGUGUCCACAUGCGUGGGAUUUGCAUAAAGCUGCGCUGGUGUGCAGAGAGUUGGGCUGUGGUGAUGCUUUAGAAGCUCUUCAGGAUUUUCCAUUUGGAUCAUCAGAGAAUCGCUGGAAUAUCAUCCAUCACUGUAAAGGGCCAGAGUCUGCACUGAAGCAAUGUCCAUGGACACAACUACAACAGGGCGAGUGUGGGUCUGGGUAUGCUGGAGUUAUUUGUUCAGGAGUCCAACUGGUGGGCCAUUCUCACUGCUCUGGGAGAGUGGAGCUGCUUCAUAAAGAGACCAGACACACUGUAUGCAGGACCACUUUUGACCAGCAGGAUGCAGAGGUUGUGUGUCGACAGCUGGACUGUGGGGCUCCUGUAGAGGUGCUGGGAGCAGCUGCAUUUGGAGAGGGAGAGGGCCAGGUGUGGUCAGAGGAGAUCCAGUGUGGAGGCAACGAGACUCAGAUUCAACUCUGCCCAACCUCCCCUGUCAAAUACAACUGCUCACAUGAGAACGAUGUUGGAUUAGUUUGUAAAGGUAAUCUAAGGCCAUUAAGAGCUGAGUUGUGGCUCUAUUUUUACAAUCCCACAGAUACAGUGAGGUUGGUGGAUGGGCCCAGUCGCUGUUCUGGUAGACUGGAGGUUUAUCUUGAGGGAGAGUGGGGCACAGUGUGUGAUGCUUAUUGGGACCACUUUGAUACAGCAGUUGUGUGUAGAGAGUUGGGCUGUGGCGCUGCUGCAGAUUCCUUGUCAGAUGCCCACUUUGGAGAGGGAGCAGGGAGAAUCUUGAUGGCUGAGGUUGGCUGUAUGGGUUGGGAGACCAGACUAAAGAACUGCUCUUAUAAGGGAUUGGAUAAGCACACGUGCCAGCCUAAAGACAAUGUUGGAGUCACCUGCUCAGAACACAGAGCUCCCAGGCUAGUGAACGGUUCCCACCAGUGUUCUGGGAGAGUGGAGGUGGAACAUGGGAUCACCUGGGGAACAGUGUGCAACGCUACAUUUGACCAGCAGGAUGCAGAGGUUGUGUGUAGACAGCUGGGCUGUGGGGUUCCUGUACAGGUGCUGGGAGCAGCUGCAUUUGGAGAGGGAGAGGGCCAGGUGUGGCCAGAAGAGAUCCAGUGUGGAGGCAACGAGACUCAGAUUCAACUCUGCCCAACAUCCCCGAUGAACUACAACUGCUUACAUGAUAGGGAUGUAGGGUUAGUUUGCUCUGGAUACACUGAUGCCAGACUGGCCAAUGGCAGUGACUCCUGCUCAGGCCGAGUGGAGCUCAAGUACCUCAGAGAGUGGGGCACAGUGUGUGAUGCAUCCUGGGAUAUGAGGGCCUCCAGCGUGCUCUGCCACCAGUUGAAGUGUGGGAGUGCUGUGGCUGUUGUAGGGGCAGAGCGGUUUGGUGAGGGGAGUGGAAGCAUCUGGCCUGAUGUGUUUGUGUGUGAGGGGAAUGAAACUGGCCUCUCAAGAUGUGGAAUCUCCUCGUGGAGUCGAGCUGCAUGCUCCCAUAGACAGGAUGCUGGAGUGAUCUGCUCAGGUUCCUCCCUCUCCCAGUACAAUGGGACGGUGCGCUUGUUUGGAGAGAGGCGGUGUGAGGGAGCGGUGGAGGUUUACGUUCUUUGGUUCUACUGA